UCAACGUCACAGAGGAUGUGGAGUAUUAUCAGGCGGGAAUUUACCAAACGGCAGACCAGAGGAAUAAAUACGUAUAACAAAUAGCGAAAAGCUGUUACAAGAAAUAUCUCUCAGUCGCCUCGGGGUGAUAUUUGGACGUGGAGUUAAUUAUUUCCCUGUCUUUUCUUUAAGUACUUCUUUGAAAGACAUCAACGCAAACGGACAGACGGUUUCUUUCGACGUGGCAAACAACAUUCUUAAAUUUUGCCCGGAAGGGAUAGACGCAUUUACUGAUCAACAACGUUUCAGCUGAAUAGAUGCAUUUGGGUCGCUUUCAAAAUAAGUCAGCCUUUGACUUAACUUCACAACUCAGUGUUGGAAUUAAAGUAUACAGUCAAAGAUUCACGAUAAUUUGCAUCAGCGACGAAACCACGAAGCUGCAUUAACAGUUUAAGAUUGACUUUAACUACAAAAAUACAGAGAGUAUUGUCAAUAUGCGCUGAUCUAAACAGAUAAAGUCUGUUCAAAGACCCUAUCAGAGGACGCACGAAACAAACUGAUUUACUUGGAAAGGUUUUGCCAUCAUGCCAUAAAAUUGGAUUUAAAAUCGCAAGGAACAUAGAGAUCAAUGGGUCACCCAACAAAUUUUUCCACAGUCAGUGAGACAGAGAAAUACAUCAAGCUUGGUUUAUAUGUGUUUACUUUCAUCGUUGCCGUUGGAGGAAACUCUCUCGUACCGCUGGUGCUGUGGAAGAGAAAACGAAAAUCGGUAAAUGAUAUCCUUAUUUUGAACUUGUCGGUAUCUGACUUGACACUGAUGCUAUUGUCCCUGCCGUUGAAUGCUUUUCUCCUUAGUAGAAUCAAUUUUCCAGUGCUUUUUUGCAAGAUUGUCUCUCCUCUUAUGACAGCCACCUUCAACGUCAGUAUCUUUACGCUGACAUUCAUGGCUGUAUAUCGCUGGCGCGUCAUCGUCAAUUCGUUACAACCAGAAAUGCGCCACAGAUACGUCAUUGCUUGGGUCAUUGUUAUUUGGAUCGCCGGUUGUCUGCUUUUACUUCCUCUCGUGAUCGUGGCUGAUAUUGACGAGACCGGGGGAUGCAAAGAGAGUUGGAAACCACAUCAAAGUCGCGCGUACACAUUGAUCCUUUUUACACUGCAAUAUAUGCUACCACUGACAAUCAUUGCGGGCGCCUACAUAUUAAUUGGAAUCGAUAUAGGAAAAGCGAAAGAGCGGCACGACAUUAACGCGCAGGAUAGGUUUACUUUAGAAGCGAGAAGGAAAGAAGAUCUCCAAAUCAUCAAGAUGAUGGGUUUGAUUGUGAUAUUAUUUGCUCUCUGCAUGUUACCAAUCCAGGUCGCCUGGCUUAUGGCGGACUUUGGAGCCAAUAAAGAUAAAGAAUUCUGGAACAUUUUCCUGAGAAUGGCUGACAUAGCAGCGUAUUUGCAUGCCUGCGUUCAUCCCAUAGUCUACGGAACAAUAACCAAGUAUUUUCGCCGUGAAUACGUCAAGUACGCAAAGUCAGUUUUUUGUUGUAGAAGUUAAAUUGCAAUUUUAAAGGAAUCGGUGGGUGCAGGUCAAUCAGUUUAUAAUUCAGUGGCUACGAAGAUGAGUAAAAGGAAAUUCGUCUAGCCUCACCCAGCAUUUAAACGAAGAGAAGAUAACGACAAAUUAAAAGACACAAAAACCCCAAAAGGGAACGUGGUUAUUAUUACACUUAUUCUUAAUUAUUUUCGCAGUUUAAAAAGCUGUAAGUUUAGGAAACUGCGUGGUUCCAGACUCUAAGAAUGUUUUACGUAAAUAAUUGACACUGCCGAAAGUUCUCAACUCUUACUCAGAGCGUGUUUGCGUACAGUACAUGGUUAAAUAAAGUUAAAAAACGCGA